AGUUUUAUUUCUAUAUAUUUCUAUUAAUGGAUUGAGUUUAAGGUGUGAUUCUCCAGCCGGGGUAACAGAUCAAAUACAGCAUCAUACUAUCUAUCAACGGAUUGCAGUUUCUAUAUUUUUCAGAACCAAAGUCCAGAAAGAGGAACGCAGUGGAAAAGUCAGCGAUGGCACAAAUUCCCGAAACACGUACGGCUCUUGUCAAGAUGUCUCCUGGUCAGGCUUCAAUCACCACCCAGUCAAUACCUGCCCUCAAACCAGGUUUCAUGCUAGUCCGGGUUAAGGCUUUAGCUCUAAAUCCAGCCGACUGGACUGACAUUGAUUAUGCCGGACCAAACGAGGUACAAUUAUCUAAAGUUAAUGUGACCCCCAGCCAAAGUCGAUAUGAGGGCGCUGUCGUCGGUCUCGACUAUGCCGGCAUCGUUGUGCGAGUUGAGCCAGUUGGUGCAUCUAGGGCUACUUCUAAUAUGACAACAAACAAGAUAUUCAAUCCUCAAGAUCGCGUCUGUGGUUGUGCGUAUGGCUGUAAUGCUCUGGAUCCCAAUGCCGGUGCCUUUGCGGAUUAUAUCGUUGUUCAAAUAGAUCUACAGAUGCACAUACCGCAUCAUAUGGGAUUUGAAGAAGCGGCGAGUUUGGGAGUUGGUGUACUUUCUGCAGGGAUGGGGUUAUUUCACGUUGGGAACUUGAAAUAUCCUUCUUAUUUUACCAGUCUCACUGGCAACCAGGAAGAGAAUGAUGACUACAGUGACGAUAGAGAAUGGGUUCUGAUUUAUGGAGGGUCAACUGCAACAGGAAGCAUUGCAAUACAAUUUGCAAAACUGGCUGGAUAUAAGGUUGUCACAACAUGUUCUCCAAGGAACUUUGAGCUCGUGAUGAGUCUCGGUGCUGACGCGGUUUUCGAUUAUAAAGACCCACAGAUAGUAUCCUUAAUCAGAACGGCUACGUCAACUAAUCUUAAAUAUGCUCUCGAUACCGUGGCUACAGAUUCUACCGCUGCUAUCUGUGUAGGGUCGUUCGCCUUUUUGCCAAAGAGCAGUGCAGAAGUUUCAGGUUCGAAUAUUAGACUAUAUGUAUGCCUUUUGGACCCGGAAAUGCCAAUGAACACGUCUGUCGAAGUUGAAAAACGAGCUUUUUUGGGCUACUCCUGCUUUGGUUCUAAGUUUUAUUUUGAAGGAGAUAUUUUCCCCGCCACGCCGUCAGACCAUGACUUUGGUGUCAAAAUAACUCACCUUGCGGAAAGGCUGCUUCAACUUGGGAAGCUAAGAAACCACCCAAUAAGUGUGAAUGAAAACGAAUCCAGAACAGGCGGUCUAGAGGGAGUUUUGAUGGGGUUAGAUGCGCUGAGAUUAGGUACCGUGAGUGGGAGAAAAUUAGUAUAUACUAUGUGAAUUGUUUCUGCACGAUAGAAUAUGCUCUUCUGAACCACUUUACUUAUUUUCUCGAAUACCCAGUGCUGGUUGUCUACAAUCAUUCCCAAGUUCAGUGUUGAAUUCUUCACUCGCAAUUGAGUAGAAAAGUAAUGCAUUUGAGUACCAAGCAUCUGCAAACUGUGAUAUAAUACAGUUUGCAGAUAAUCCGAAAUCCGGUACCCCUUUGGAGCUCAAUCCUCCACUCACAAAAGUACUGCGUUGAAAUU